AAUAUAGUACGUUUAAUAUGAUCAGGUGAAGUAUUCUGCAUAGUGUACCGUGUGUUUAUCAACGAGACAUGGAGUCCCCGGACGGGCCGAUGGAAGCGACUAUGAUUAGAUUGCGCCAGCUUGGUCUUGACGACCUCCAAAGACCCACUGAUUUGCAGUCGAUUAUCUAUGAAAGAAAAGAGAAAAGAGAUGAUUUCGGACCAAUGCAUACAGAUUCAACAGAAGAAGAUAUUAAUCAGCCGGAUUAUAAAUUAGAAGGUCCUGACGAGUUCGGAAAAUGUGCAGAAUGCGUCAAAGCUGUACCUGUUUUCGCAUAUGAUGAUAUGGAGGUCGGUGAUCAUAUUACUUUUUAUGGAAGAUUGUAUGAUCACCAUGCGAUUGUGAUUCAAAAACUAGGUGAAAACCAGAUCAAAAUCAUCGAAGCCACGAAUACACCAGCCGGGGCAGUCUUUGGUCUGAUGUUCUGGAAAAAAGCUUUCAUUGAGGAAACUGUGAAGACGCUUGAUUACGCAAACGAUAUAAUUAACGUUGUUGUUUACAAGAAUCGGGUGUUCACGAAGGCCAAGGUUGCAAGUCGCGCGAGAGUGUAUUGUGAAAAGCAAAGAGAAAAUCGUGAUUUUGACUAUAAUGUUAUCCAAAAUAACUGCGAACAUUUUGCGACGUACUGCGUGACCGGAACACCGUUUAGCAUUCAAGCAGUAAAGUUUCUGAUGGUGAGCAAACUUUUUCUAGGCAGUGGAUUUCUUGGGAUAAGCGAUGAGAGAAUGCGCAACGCGAAAUUGUUCGAGAAUAACUUCAUAUGCAGUCGAUGUAACGAGAUGAACAAACGCCUUCUAAGCGUAAGCGUGAAACCGAUUUUAUCAGCAGAUGACGUUCACGCUGGUGACGUAAUCAGAUACACGUACUAUAAUUUACUACAUGAGGGAGUCGUUUUGGAAACGAAGGGAGCUGACAAGUCAUCAGUGAAUGUCAGCAUUGCGCAUUACGCUUUCCUUGGAUUUCUCUCACACAGAACGAUAAUUGAAGAAGAAAAUACUAUACGGUUUGAUGGCAGUUACGCUGUUCUUCAAUACGGGCCUCCGCAAUACGAAGUGUAUCCACCAGAAACGGUAGUGGAGCGAGCAAAGUCUCGCAUUAAUGAGCAGCGUUUCGUCUUCUUUUCAAAUGAUUCAAGUCAUUUCGCACGCUGGUGUAAGCUGCCACGAAAACGCAGCCAGUCGCGUGUACAGUUAAAUGUCAUUACGGAACAAUCCUUCGAUGAACAACAGGACUAAUUUUUUUCUCUAAGACUAGAUUGCGAUUUUCGAUCAAACUUGUACGGACAAAAUAUAUUCGGAGACAUGUAGCAAAUAUUUGGCUGCAAUGGUGUAUUGAAUGUUAAAAGUGUUGAUUAAGACUAAACUAGGGUUAAGCACGUGUUGCUCUUGUGCUGGACUUUGAUCAAAACUAGCAAUAUGAUGACCUUAUGUACUGUAUGUAUAUUAUGCUUAACAAACAUGACCUCUG